AUGGCAGGCGGAGCUCUCGCGGGGAUGGCGGCGCUCGACGCACUCACCGGCGGGCACGCGGCGUUGGCAGAGCUGAAUGCCCAGGCGGCCCUGCUAGCAGGCCUGCCUAGCAACCUGCAGCAAAUGGUGCCGCCGAUAGCGCCGCUGCAGGGCAUUCAGACCGAGAGCCAAACCAUCGACGCGCUGCAGCAGGCCAUCCUGGCCACAAUCAACACCAGCGGCAGCGGCAUGCCCAACCUCUUUGCAGCGCUGCACACACUCGGCGCGGAGCAGGGCGCGCCGGCGCCGCCGCAGCCGUCGGCGCCGCCGCCGCAGCCGCAGUCGCAGCUGGAGGAGGAGACGUCCGAGCAGGGGGGAGCCUCAGGCAGCCGCAAGGCGCGGCGGCGCGCGAGCGACGUGGAGGAAGAGGACGACGGCAACCGGACGCUGGCCAACACGCGCGAGAAGAACCGGCUGGCGCAGCGGCGGUUCAGGGAGAAGCAGAAGGCCACCAUCAGCGAGCAGAAGGACAAGCUGGACCACAUGGCGCGGCAGCUGGAUGACUACAAGCGCGAGGUGCAGCUGCUGCGCGAGGAGAACAAUAUACUGCGCGCCAAGUUGGAGGGCCGCGCCACGCUGCACCAGCACAUGAUCACAGACCCACCCAUGGGGUGA